CUUAGUCGCUUUGUAGUUUGAGUAAGCUGUGGUGUUGCUGAAUCAUAAGCUCGGUUUUCUCUUAAAAUUAAUUUUAUAUUGUUUAUAUGAAGCUUUAAAUAGAAGUAACGAACAUGGUUCUAGCAGAAAAAAACAAUGAAAAUGCCCGAAAUGGUCGGAGAAGUCGAGGACCAAGUCCUAAUGGUCACGUUCAAGACUCCACAAGCGAGGAUGAAAGCUCAGUUCCAGUAGAUAAGAUUCGAGUUGGGCGAGACUACCAGGCCAUUUGCCCCGAACUCCAACCGGAAUCGCAGAGAAAACCAGAAUUAUUAGCAGAUAGAGCGUUACUUGUGUGGUCACCAACUGAGUCGAUCCCAGAGUCAAAAUUGGAGGAUUACAUAGUUUUAGCCAAAGACAAGUACGGUUACAACGGCGAGCAGGCGCUUGGGAUGCUUUUUUGGCACAAACAUGACUUAGACAGGGCUGUACUAGACUUAGCAAACUUCACCCCCUUCCCAGAUGAAUGGUCAGUUGAAGAUAAGGUGUUAUUCGAACAGGCGUUUCAGUUCCACGGCAAAAGCUUUCAUAGGAUAAGACAAAUGUUGCCAGAUAAAAGUAUUGCAAGUUUAGUCAAGUAUUACUACAGUUGGAAAAAGACAAGGUCUAGGACUAGUCUCAUGGACAAACAGGCACGUAAGUUGAACACUCCCAAGGAGGAAGGGGGCGCAUCAGAGGCUGGUUCCGAAGGAGAAUCCAAUGAAGAAUCAGACCAUGAUGAAAAGAAAUGGACAAUACAUCGUGGCAUUCGUCGUAAAAGCGGUUCACCAAGUCGUACGGGUCAACCUCCCGACGAGAACGCUACUCAGGGUGAGGGUGGCGCGUGCUCUAACUGCGGAGUCGCCUGUACCGUCACUCAAGUGACGUCCAAGGGGUCCCUCUGUAAUUCCUGCUACCAACAUUGGAGACGAACGGGAUUGUUGCGGCCCACAUCGGGGCCCACGGGUGGCAAGCGCGGGUCCCCACUGGGCGGACGCCACAAGCGCAAGCCCCCUCGCGGCAUGUACAUCAACCACGACGAUCUGGCUGCGAUGGCGUCAGGCAACGCGGGUGUGCUCAUGCUUAAGGCGAUGGAUCGAGAAUUAGAUUCCCUCCAAAGACAAAUCCAACAGAACAAGCAGAAUAUAAGUUCCUUAAAGCGCAAACAUUCAGACUCCAUUGAAGAUCUCCGUCCAGCAAAUGACAAUUCGUCUCGUAUUAACGCUCGCUGGACAAAUGAGGAAUUGCUCUUGGCUGUCCAAGGCGUGCGUAAGUACGGUAAAGACUUUAAAAGCAUCGCCGAAGUGUUGGGUAACAAAACUGAACACCACGUGCGUACGUUUUUUGUUAAUUAUCGUAAAAGAUACAAUUUAGACACAGUUCUAAAAGACUGGGAAAAAGACAACGGCCCAUUGCCAGAAGAUAACGGCGACGUUAAAGUCGAAUUGGACGAUUCUAACAAUGAUAACGAUGUUAUUUGUAUAUCACCGACCCCGAAAAAAGAAAUGAAAAAUGGUAAAGUCACUCAAGCUAGUAAAUGAUAACUUUGUAUUCUUUUACAAUUUGUUGGAUAGGCUCGUUCUUGUUUUUAUUCAUAUCGCCGUGUAUGAUGUAUUGUUUUUAAUAAAAUAAAAUAUCCAACAGAUAAACAAUCAUUGUAAAUAGUGAUCUAGAUUUAGGAGUCGUGUUCUUAUGAAUGAAUGUGUAUUAUUUUGCAUUUUGAAGAAAAUAUAUUUUAUACAGUUAGUGAAUUAUCAAUCAACUGAAACAAUUUUUUGUUUGCCAUUAGAAACAGUAGUUUUUAAAACAUGUAUUGUAGUGUAAUACUACUAAGUUUAGUUGUUGAAGUUUAAGAUGUUAAAAGGCAAGAGCUUAAUCGUUUCAACUGCAUUUUUUUCUUAUCGUAAAAGUUAAUGAAAAUAUUACACGUGUUAGGAUAGGAAAUAUGGUAAUAAUAUAAAAGCCACUUGUACAUUUUAUAAAUACCACACACAUUUUAUUUAUAUAUCUAACUGAAAGAAGAGCGUAGUUGUUAUGAUCAUUAAUUACAGAUUUUUGUGUGUCCAAAGAGUAUUUCAUUUUUUAGUUCAUUUUAAUUUUUAUUAUGUAAAUACAUAUUUAUGUAUGUAAUAGUUAGUGAUGAAAAUGACUUUUUGUACAUCUGCGUUGUUACUGACUUUAUUUAUUUUAUUUUGCUUGGACAUUAUAGAUUAUAUCCGCAUAGGAAAUUAGCAAACAAAAAAGAAUGAAUUAAUUUAUAAUUAUUUAUUUCAACAAAUUUUUAACGUUUUAUACUUACAUUAUAUGCCAAUUUGUAAGAAUCUAUCAUUUAAUUUUUAU